UUGUGGGACUGAACUCUGAAACGUCAACAAAAAUCUUUCUGCUGUUAAUGUUCACAGAUAACUGCUCGCUUUCCGUUCAGCUCGGUGUUUCCCCGCGAAACAGAGAUGGAGAAUGUUCACCUGGCCGUCGAGGAGGACGACCUUUAUUCGGGUUACAACGACUAUAAUCCCACAUUUGACUCCGAGGAAUUGGAGAACGAUGUGGGCUUCCAGCAGGCAGUCAGGACCAGUCAUGGAAGGAGACCUCCGAUGACUGCGAAGUUUCCAGGCACCGCCAUCGGAGGUCGACCUUUAGUUUCAUCUUUUGGUUCCCGAAUCCCCAUGGCUUCAUCAAUGGGCAGACCCAUGACUGGAGCUGUCCAGGAUGGCUCCGCCCGUCCGAUGACGGCUGUCAGAGCUGCAGGUUACUCAUCCUCACUGAUGCGUGGCUCAACCUUUGACCCCCUGGGACAGUCCAAGGGGCCUGCGCCUCCACUUGAAGCAAAGAAUGAAGACACGGCGGAAGAGAAGAUCAAGAUCCUGGAGAAAAGAGUGAACGACCUGAUAGAGGAGAGCUGCAUGGCACAGAGCAUAGGCGCCUUACAGCUGGCUCUUGAAAAAGCCAAAGAGGCAGGGAGGAAAGAGCGAGCGCUGAUCAGACAGAGGGAAACGUCCGGACAAACGGAGCACAUCAACUUAGACCUCACUUACUCUGGAGAGGUAAUAAAACAGGGAUCAAAUAUGACUACCGUGGCAGCAAGCAUUUCGACUCAGCUACACUGGCAGUAUGAGCAGAGAAAAGCUGUUCUGCUCAACCUUGCCAACCAGUACGCGAACAAUGAAAUGUACCCGGAGGCUCUGAACAGCUACCAUGUCCUCGUGAAAAACAAGAUGUUCACUAACGCAGGCCGCCUCAAAGUCAACAUGGCCAACAUCUACUUCAAACAGAAGAACUACCCCAAAGCCAUCAAAUUCUACCGCAUGGCGCUGGAUCAGAUCUCCAACGCUCACAAGGAACUGAGGAUCAAGAUCCUGCAGAAUAUCGGAGUGGUGUUUGUCCGCCUGGGUCAGUACUCGGACGCCAUAACGUCCUUCGAGCACAUCAUGGCAGAGAGUCCCAACAUAAAGACCGGCUUCAACCUCAUCCUGUGCUACUACGCCAUUGGAGACAGAGAGAGGAUGAAGAAGGCCUUUCAGAAGCUCAUCUCUGUUCCACUGGGCAUCGAUGAUGAAGAUAAGUACAUCCCAGCCAGUGACGAACCCAGUGCAAACAUGGUCAUUGAGGCCAUUAAAAACGACAAGCUUCACCAGAUGGAGAGGGAUCUGAAAAUCCUGGCUGAGAAGUACAUCAUGACUGCAGCCAAACUCAUUGCUCCGGCCAUCGAGACUUCCUUCGCUAGCGGCUUUGACUGGUGUGUUGAGAUGGUGAAGUGCUCGCAGUAUGUCGAGCUAGCCAAUGAUCUGGAGAUCAACAAAGCCAUCACCUACCUCAGGCAGAAGGACUUCAAUCAGGCGGUGGAAACUCUGAAAACAUUUGAGAAGAAGGACAGCAGAGUGAAAAGCGCUGCAGCCACCAACCUUUCUUUCCUCUACUUCCUGGAGAAGGACUACGAUCAGGCUGACCGAUACGCUGACCUCGCUAUGAACGCCGAUCGCUACAAUCCCGCCGCCCUCAUCAACAAGGGCAACACAGUGUUUGUCAAAAAGGACUACGAAAAGGCUGCUGAGUUCUACAAAGAGGCGCUGAGGAAUGACUCGUCCUGCACUGAGGCCCUCUAUAACCUGGGUUUGUCCUAUGAGAGACUGAACAGACUGGAGGAGGCCUUGGACUGCUUCCUGAAGCUUCAUUCGAUUCUGAGGAACGGCGCUGAGGUCAUGUAUCAGCUGGCUCACCUCUACGAGCAGCUCGGAGACCCUCAGCAAGCCAUCGAGUGGCUGAUGCAGGUCAUCAGCGCCACGCCCACGGAUCCACAUGUACUGGCCAAACUGGGAAAGCUGCAUGACGACGAGGGGGACAAGUCCCAGGCUUUCCAGUACUACAGUGAGUCUUUCAGGUACUUUCCCUCCAACAUCGACGUGAUCGAGUGGCUCGGGGCUUACUACAUCGAGACCCAGUUCUGUGAGAAGGCCAUCCAGUACUUUGAACGAGCAACGCUCAUACAGCCAAACUGUGUGAAGUGGCAGCUAAUAGUGGCGAGUUGUUACAGAAGAAGUGGAAACUACCAGAAAGCUCUGGACACCUACAAAGAGAUCCAUCGAAAGUUUCCAGAAAAUGUGGAGUGCCUGCGCUUCCUGGUGAGGCUGUCGACAGACAUGGGACUGAAGGAAGUCCAAGAAUAUGCCACCAAGCUGAAGAAGGUGGAGAAGAUGAAGGAGCUCAGAGAGCAGAGGGUGAAGUCGGGCCGAGAGAACAGCGCCAGAAGUCGCAGGGAGGGCAGCACAGGGAGUGCUGGUGAGUCCAUCGUCUCCACAUCUGUCCUCACCUCUCCUAAGAAGUCCGACGUUACGGAAAAUGCCAAAGCAGAGCCUCAACCUGAGCGUAAACAGUUCAGUCCACUGUUGGACUCAGACAGCGGCCGCAGCAGCAGCAGCAGCUCUAAGGGGGAGCGUCUGAGCGCCAAGAUGAGGUCACUUCCUGGUUCCAAUGAGCCCUAUGAAGCCAGCAGCCCAAAAGAGCUGGAUGCGUCGUACGUGGACCCGCUGGGGCCUCAGACGGACAGACCAAAGACGGGGGCCAAGAAGCCGGCGGAUGAUGAUGACUUUGCAGACGAAGACCUGGGAGACGACCUGCUACCGGAGUAGAUCCAUCGACUAGGACAGCUUGACCUCUGCCGGUGAUGAGCGACUGACCUCCUGACCGGAGACGAGGACAGAGAGGUUCUCCUGUGAAGGAUCAAAUUAAUCUCAGAUCUGCAUAAAAAGCAAACACACACCUGAAUGGAUUUAAAAAAAAAAAAAGAAUCUGUUAGUCCGAAUAUCUAUGAAUGAACCUCUU